AUGAUCAAUGGACUGGGCCUCAUGACCUACAGAGAAAGACUGGAUAACUUGAAGCUCACAACCUUGCUUGAACGUAGGUUCCGUGGGGAUCUCAUCGAGAUGUUCAAGAUUCAGGAAGGCUUUGUGGAUUAUGGGAUGUUGGGUUCUGACAGCCUGUUAACAAAACUUAAUGAUUUGAAACCAGACUGUCAGGGGACAACACACUUGAUAGGAGUAGCUCAGUCAAUUUCAUCCCCCUUUCCAACCAAAGGUUGUGACCAUCUAUGCAGAAUACAACUCAUAGAUGAUUCUACAGAUAACGUUUUGUCCUGUUUGUUAUUUGGAUAUCAUUCAUCACUUCCUAGAAGAGAUGUCACUCCUGAGUUAUCCAUUCUCCGUCUUACAUCUGUUAAAGUUCAAUAUUUUGCUGGUCGUCCACAAAUUAAUAAGAGCAACGCCUACUCAUUCUCAAUAUUUCAUCCUACAGAAGAGAGCUUUACCUCACUUGACCAAAGUCCGAAAUGUGGAGGUGAACUAUCAGACGAACACAAGAAAAGGAUCACCGAACUCAGAGCUUGGUUAAAAUCUCCUGCCUUCAAUUCCAAUAAUUUUGGCUGGAAAACGGCGUCCAAAGAUCCAGUUUCAGAAAAAAGAGCAGUAUCGAGCGAAGCAUCAAUUCAUCAUGCUAAGCGAGUUAAAAUUGCGACUGAAAAAUCGGGCAAUACAUUGGAACAGCCUGAUCUGGAAGUGAUAGCAGACUUUGAUUUAAUCACAAAUGAACGACCAAUAGACAGAUUUAACAAAUUCAACGACUUUCCCGUACCCUUGAAAGAUGUCACACUAAAUUUGUACUGUAAUCUCAACCUCCAAGUGAUCGGUGUGGGCAAAUGUUUAAAAAGUAUUGUUCUGCGCUGUGUUGAUGGAACCAUCCCACAAAUAAACACCCUGAAAAUCUCCCCUUUACACAUUCAGGGUAAUCUGUCACAACAUGCCCUGUUACAGUUGGACCAGUACACGGUUGAUGUCACCAUAUUUGAUGAUCACAUGGAUUUUGCUAAGUCUUUGCUCCCGAGUGAUUUCAUUUCGUUGACUAACGUGCACUGUUACAUCCCUUAUGGUUUGAGCCAACCGGAGUUAAUUUUACAUGGAGGAACAAGUCACAAUAGAGGCAUCAAGAAACUGGAAAUUGAAGGUAUGACGGAAAAGUGGAUGCAGAAGAGGAUAGAUGAGAUCCCAAUAGAAACAAACAUUUCUCCAGCAGACCUUUCCUUGCCAGAGGACGAACCUAGAAGUGUCCAAACCUCACCAACUGAGUGUCUUUAUCCUGAACAGACCCUGACUACACUAACUAAGAUUAUGAAGGAGCCGUCCAACAAGGGACUCUAUAAAAUCAGAGUUUAUCUCCACAGUCACCUUCCCGAAACCUACCCUGCAAUGAUAAAGAGCUGCUGUGAGCGGUGCAAAACUAUCAAGACUUCAGAGCACGAGCAAUGUGCUAAGUGCAAAGAAUCAGACUUUGUAAAGACGCUCUACUUCAAGUUCCUUGUCCAGGAUGACUCUUCACAAGAGCUGGUUCCUGUGUUCUGUUUCGGAGGACAGGCCAGGGAUUUUGUGGGUGUUGAAAGAAUUAAAACUAGUUUUGAUUUAGAACCUUUAAAUUUAGUGGUGAGGAGGUGGUGUGAUAUACAUGUUCUGUGCAAGGUACAAUCUGACGGAAAAGUAAAACUUAUGUUAGCUCAUACGAUUGUGAAAAGAGUUUAAAACGAUAUAAUGGUUUAUAAUUGGUUAAAAAAGUAAGUUUUUAAUAAUUGUAUUUCUAUCAAAUUUAUAGUGUGCUUAACGUAUUUAAUGCGGUUUUAAUUGAUGACUUGUAAUUAAUAUUUAUGCUAUUUCCGUAAUUUUAUAAUUAUAACAACA